AUGACGGUGGAGUCAAAACAGACCGAAGAAGCAUGCGAAGUAGAACCUGAUGAGGAAGAGCCCUCAAGGCUGGGCGCGGUGCACAUGUUGUACGCCAUGGGAAAGGAAGAGCCCGAGGAGAGGUCCAAAAACACUGAGUUGAUGUAUGUAGAAGUGUUGGUGAAUGGGAGGAGGGGCAAUGCGAUGAUUGACACCGGGGCCACCCAUAACUUCAUAUCCCAAGGAGAAGCUCGAAGAUUGGGGCUGAAGCCGAUUCAAGAAGGGGGUAGUAUGAAAGCUGUUAACUCAGCUGCCAAGCCAGUUCAUGGGGUUGCAAGGAACAUCCCAACAAAGCUGGGGGACUGGAGCGGAAACCUGGAUUUCACUGUAGCCACCAUGGAUGACUACCUUGUACUCGGUAUGGACUUCCUACGUGCAAGUAAAGCUGUCCCGAUGCCCCAUCUGGGGUAG